UUCUUAUGAAAGGCCAUCAAUUCAACACACCCGCCGCACACUAGAGCCUCAACAUCCGACACACAAAAACUCACUUCACAAACAGAUGACUAUGUUUUCCUUCGGAACAAACAACAACAUGCACCCAACAAAGCUUUCGUUGAAACAACAACAAACCCAACAAACCAACAAACAACCCCUUUAUUCUCCAACUUCCCACUAACACACUGAGUGAAGACUUAACAUACGGUUUCCGACUUAGAACGAUGUUAUCCAAUUGUAUGACAAGUGCGAAAGUUGUAUCCUCGCUUGAUUAUAUAAGUUCAAGAGUUUCCGAAGCUGGUCUUGCUGCAUUCUUUUACAAAACUGCAUUCGGCCAGAAGCAAUGCUGCUUCUCCUAUAGUUUUGCUCAACCGGGUCUAUUCGUCGGUUUCAAGAAGAUGAGUUGGUCGGUUAGAAGCAGCGUAAACGACGGAAGUUUUAGUCCGUCAAACGGAACUAAUGGAAGGACGCGUAUAAUUAGAGUGAUUCAAGAGUUUCGAACUAAAUUAGGUUCUAAAAUUGAGAAGGUAAAGAAAAACCUUCCCAUGAAACUUCUUUUCUUCUUGGUUGGAUUUUAUUGCGCGACCGCGUUUUCCACGGUUAUUGGACAAACUGGGGAUUGGGAUAUUCUAUCGGCUGGAUUAGCCGUUGUUGUUGUGGAAGGGAUUGGUGCUCUCAUGUAUAGGUCUUCUCUUCCUUUAGUUAUCAAAGGGUUAAUAUCAGUGUUUAAUUAUUGGAAAGCUGGCCUUACGUUGGGACUUUUCUUGGAUUCGUUCAAAUAUUAAUUUGGUUUUUUAUUAGUCGCAACGAUAUCUUACAUGAAAAAAAAAUUUCGCAAUUGUUUUUCAUUGCGUAGCAUCUUUACACCGACCCUUUGGUUUUCCAUCACAAGCUAGAAGAGAAUCGUCAAGUUAUGUAAGUACUGACACUUGACAUUGAAGGCGUGUUUGGUGUUCGACACCUACAAGACACUGACACAUGUGGUUACAUUCAUGGCAUCAGAUCCUUGCUAGCGGGAUCCUAGGUGUUCUGACAAAUUGGAACAUAGAGAGGUUCACUUUUAUGUUAAGUUGCUUGCAUGAAUCAAAUGGAUUUGGUGAAACUACAUAACCUUUGCAGUCUUCCAUAGGAUGGAAAUACAAACAGAUGUCAGACGGCUGAGCUAGUUCGACUGGAAUUGUGCAAUUCAGAUCAAAUACAAGUUCAUAUAAGUCAAGUUGGAUCAUCUUUAUUGCAAGAAGUACAGCAUUUAUUAACAAUACACUAGAUACUUGUCUUCCAGGUUCUGAGAAGAACAACAACAUAUAAUUUUAUUUGUUUAUUCAUUUAUUUGUUUGUUUGUUGAUCAGUACAAGGUUUGUGGAUCUUCUGAAUAGUUGUCCAUCAUGUUUGUGCAGAAAGGAUACUUAGCCUCUUUGAUUAUUGAAAUUCUUAUUAAUGAAAACAUGGAUUGCAAAUUUCCUCAAACUGGAAUCUCAAGAUUUAUUUUGUGGCCUUAAU